GAUAAUAUACCUUCUGCAAAUGAUGAUAAAUUUUUAGAACAUGAGGAGCUACUUGGAUCUGAAAGAUCGUCUGCGUGUAAAUCAAAAAAGCGAAAAAAAUGUGAUAAUUCUAGUAUUGUAUGGGAUCAUUUCGAGGUUGAGACAACAGAAAAAGGCAAUUUUACUAUUUGCAAAAUCUGUAAAAAUAAUAAUAUUACCAUCAA